GUUAGUUUCAGAACAACUUGAAUCAUAGCGAAAGCUAGUUCCAGAACAAUGAGAGGGAAAGCGUUGGGACAGUUGUGUUCCCUACAAUUUGCGUGCAGUCUCGUCACUGAAUCGUUUUUGAGGAACGGAUUGUGGAGAAGUAAUGUGGCAAUGACAGUGAAAGAGAGGAUGGAAGGGAAGAAUGAUGGACAAGUAACAAGAUGGUCUUUUGAGUUUGAGCUCAAUUGAGACCGUCCAGCUUGCUGAAACAUCAGAAAUUUGUUGGGAAGGUGGAAUUUGCAAAUUCAACAUAACACAUACCGUGGAAGUUAUUUCGGCAGGAGCAGGAGGAAUAGGAGGAUGACAAGGACGAGGAGGAGAUGGAGGGGGAGACGGAGAGGGUGGAGGAUGAGGAUAAGGAGGAGGAGGAGGGGGAGAAGGAGAGGGUGGAGGAGGACAGCGGAAAGACUAGGAGGAGGAAGGGAUCACCAGCAGCACUCACGGGAGUCGGAGUACAGUGGCAGGGGGAGGAGGGCAUGUGGACUAGGAAGAGUAAGAGGAGGAGAAGGAAGAGGAGCAGCAGCAGAAGGAGGAAAAAGAGGAAUAGUAGAAGAGAAGAGCGGAGGUGGAGAGGACCUGGAAAAGGAGGUGGUGAAAUGGAAGGAGAGCUGUUUCCAUAUUCUUUCGAUAAGGAGGUGACCGUCUGGAACAUCAUGUCCGAAGGCGGCAUCUGAAAUCUUCGAUCUCAUAAUGAGCCUCCAGAUUAAACCCGCAGUACUUCCUAAAGUCGUGCCAGUUAACAAGCCGCAAAUUUGUUUUAGUAAAUGUAUGGGCCACUA